AUGUCGUCAACAUCCACGCCAUCCAAGACGUCCAGCGAAAACAUUGUUGCUCAGAAAUAUGACCGCUGCUUGGCGGAUCUGCUUGUGAAGUCGGGUGUGGGCUUUAGCGCAGGCGUGAUCGCGUCGGUCAUCCUCUUCCGCAGGCGGGCAUGGCCCAUCGCUCUCGGAACAGGCUUCGGGAUGGGUGCGGCAUAUGCGGACUGCGACCGUUCCUUCAACCCUGCUCGGAUACCCGGUACACGUAUCAUUCCCCACAGCGAGGCGGAGAACAAGUAA